AAACUGCAACACUGUAUGUGAAAAUCAAAAACAAUACAUUGAACUUCGAAGUCAGCUGAAUCGUGGUCUAUUUAUUUAUUAUAUUUGCGUGUUGAUGUUUUAUUUAUAAACUGAAAAAAACACUGAACAAAAUGGCAACAGGCGUAAAACCUCGUGAUGAAGAAUCUAAGCUUACGAGAGCUGAUCUUGAUAUCUUGCAAGACGCCAUGAAACAUAAGAAGUUUCGAGAUUUGUUUACCGAAUAUUGUGAAGAGAUACGUGACCCGGCGAAUCAAGCGGUUUAUCAAAAAGAAAUGACCCAGCUAGAGAAGGAAAGAGGUUACGACGUUACUUUUAUCAAUCCAAAAGGAGGUUAUGUGAUUAAAACAAGCGUAGCGGGUGAUCGAAAAGCUUUUAUUAAUAUCUGUAGCAACGAAAAUAUCGAUAAACCUUCGUGCAAAGUUCAAGAUAUUAAUGGACAAAAAGGUAUGAGCUGGCAACUCCCCUAUUCCCUUAUUCCGCCAAGGGAAGAUUAUAAUAACAAAAAGGAAAGGUGUGUUAUUUAUGACGUUGUUUUUCAUCCCGAUACAUUACGCAUGGCCGAGGUUAACAAGCGUUUCCGGGAUCUUGUAAAUAAAACUGCAUUUGAUGGUCUUCAGAAAUCAUAUGAAAUUCACUUAGAUAUUAAUAAUGUACGUUUUCCGAAAUCUUAUUACAAGGGUAUGUCUGUACCUGCAGUUAUCAGGAAAGAAGACCCCGAUUAUAAACCUACUGAAGAUACAGAAAAUAGCGAAGCAGACCCUGAAGGAUUAGAAAAACUAUAUCCUCAACAUAAUUAUUCCCAUGACAAUAAACAUGAAACCAGUGAAAAGAAGAAGUCUGUAAAAUCAACCAAUAUAAAUUUCACCCAUACCAGUGGCAAUGGAUAUACAGUACCAAAAUAUACAAUUAAACAACAGAAAAAUGUUGAUUUCCAAGAAUACACCUACAGCAAAGACAGUAAACAGUACACAGCAAUUCCCAGUUAUAUUAUUGUAGAAAUUAAUUUACCCUUGCUCUCAUCUACAAAAGACUGCAUUUUAGAUGUUAAAGAAAGAGAGUUAAACCUUAUUUCAGAGAAACCAGCAAAAUAUAAACUUGAUAUUAAACUUCCUUAUACUGUUAAUGAAGACAGUGGUAAAGCGCAAUUUGAUCAAACUAAGCAUCUAUUAAUAGUUACAUUACCAGUGGUUAGAAGGACUUCUAAAAACAGUGAUAAAAUAGAUAGUGGUGUUGAAAGUGAAGAGUUGUCAGGGUCCCAUAGUGAAGAGGAGGGUAAAGAGGAGAAAAAAGAUUUAAUAGUGGAGUUAAAUUCUUCUUCAAUUGUUAUGACAUCUGAACCAGAUAACCAUCAACAUGACCACACCUUUCUUCUGCCAACCAUUGGCUAUAUUCUUCCCACAUACACAUACAACAUGUUAGAUGAUAUAGUGGCUUUUACAUUUCAUGUUAAAAACACUGAUCCAGCAUCAGUGGAAGUUAGAAAUAUUGAUAAUAUUGUAGAAAUCAAGUUUACCUCCAUGGGGUCUGGAUUUGUUCCAGUUCAUUAUGCUGCCAUUCUUUCAUUCAGUAAUGACAUUAAAUUUAAUGAUGCUAUUGGUGAGGCCUGGGACAAUAAUGUUAUCUUACAAUUAGAAGUUGCAGGCAAUGUGCCUACUGAAUUUGAAAUUGGUUUGAGCAAAGAAUCUAUGACAAAGGAGUAUUUAGAUGUCUCUAAAAUUAAGACCACUAAAACUGAAAUAUGUGAUAGCUUGCCGAAGAUUCCUGAAGAUAGUGUAGCACCUGUAGUUGAAGUAACAAACUUUGGCAUUGAAACCAAUAUACUUUUGUCAAGUUCUAAUCAAAAAGAAUAUGAAGAUGAUGAAACUAUUAAAGAAACUAAAAUAACCUGGAUCGAAACUGAAAAACCCUGUGAAACGGGGGCAAAACCUAUUUUGAGAAAACCUAUUACAAUGAUGAGAAGUUAUUCUGAAUCAAGUUAUGGAGAUGUUGCAUCAUCAAUGGAUUACAUUAGUUCUGACUGUGUCCCAGAAGAGUCAAGCUUAAAAAAGACUGUUAGGUUUAAUAAUGUCAUUUCAAGACAAUUUUACAGAUAUAAUUCCUCUAUAGAAGGCCAAAAAAAGAAAAACCAACGAAAAAAAAGUAAAAAGCGUAACCAAGAAAGAAGAAAAAGUGAGAGUGAAGCUGAAGAUGAUUCUUCAAACCAUCAGUCUAAGCCUCGUCAGAAGUCAGCAAUGAAACAGCGUCGCGACAGCGGACUAGCAGACACUUCGGACGCCGAAGGCAACAAGAACAUGUCUGACAUUGACAUGUACAAUUCUGCCACCGAAACUGAUGAAAAUUGUAACGGAAAUGAAUCCAAUUCCAAGGAAUUUUACAAAAAAGUUAAUAUAACGUCCCAACGAGAAAAUAAUGUUAAGAAGACUCCUAAAAAGGGUAAGAGCUUUGAUGAUAUCAAGCAUAAUACAGAGUUAUAUGAUCCUGACAAAUUGAACAAGGGUCAGUACUUGGAAGUGAAGUUUAAAAAUGAUCUCAUAUUCGAUUUAGACAUGUAAUGUCAUUUUAAUGUUUAGAAGAGCUGUAUUGAGUUUUAUUUAGUCCAGUUUGUGCGCACAUUAGAAAUGAUGCAUCCGGUUUUCUUUUUUCAUACUGUGCGCUGCUAAGGUUUUAUAUUUCCCUGAUAAUUAUGUUCCUUUAAACCUAGUGUUUUCUUGUUAUUGUAAAAGUUUAUGACAAUGGUUUAAAAUCUAAUGCUUUUAAAAAUCCUAGUGAAUAAUUUAAAUUUUUUACGAAUAUUAUUAGGAACUUAUAUUUAAAUGGCACUGUGGGCAAGUAAUCAUAAUAUGUCAAUGUCAAUUAUCAAGCCCAGUGAAUUUUACCAUAGAUGUCAUUUAGCUAGGCGACCCAAUAGAAGGGAUUUUAUAGAUAGAAAUGAACUGUUUUACAUCUGUGUCGUAUGAAUAAACAUUUGUAAAUGUUAUCAAUCAAUAAAAAAAUUAUCGGUGCAAGAGUUUGACCUAAAAAAUACUUAUGAUAAUAAUUGUAUAAUUAUGUUUAUCAGAAAAUUGCGUAGAUAAACUUCCGUUUAAGAAAUUGUUUGUAUUAUUGAUAAUUUAACAUAAACAAAUUAUUAAUUAUCGUUUGAACACUUAUAGCCCUAUUAAACGUACAAACUACAAAGAUAUUGCGUUUUGCGUGCGUGUGGGUAUGACAGAUGGCGCUGCAGGCAGUAUCUAGGUUAUUUAUCUAUACUGCAGCUAAACACUUAACUAUCAGUUCUUCACAUUUAUUUUAUUGUAAUUAAUAUGUAAUACAUAAUUAUUCAAUUGAAAAGGAAGAUUUAAUUCAAAUCUAACCGUGUAGUAUAUGCAAACUAAACGUAUAUCCAGUGAUUUUAUUGAAAUGAUACUUACAUAAUUUUAUUUGCCACUGUUAGGUGUCAAUAUAGGAGAUACAACAACUAAAAAUGUCGUUCCUAUACAUUUUACUAAUAUAUAUAAAAUCAAUCACAGUCCGUGUACCAAAUAAUGCUUAAAAUUGGUUUAUUAGCUAUUGAAAUAACCCUUACAAAUAAAGUAAAACUUCUUGUAUUAAGUUUUUAUUAUAUAUAGUAUAGAUAAUAUAGAUCACAACAAGUUUCUACAUUAGGUACGUCCACUUCACUGUAUUUAAUUACAUACAUGACAAUUGACACAAAUCAUUAACUACAAUACUAUAGAUGUAAUAAUAAAUGUAUUUCUCAUCUACAGCUUAGAAUUUGUUAGAAAUUGUGAAUUAAUUAAUAAUUGUAAAGAUUAUUUAAUGCUACUUUCUGCACUGACAAUUUCAAAAAAAUACACUCGGACGCAGGUGCACGGCAUAUUAAUAUUCAUCUAAUUGUACUGCAUAUACUACGCACUGUACAAAAUGAUCUGUAGGGAAAGGCGUGUCCCUUUCGGCUGUGUACUGUUACACCUCGAGGGUUGCGUUUGUCACUAACGCCCAAACCCAAUAACUUAUCUCAAUCCAUUUUUUACCAUCUGAAACAUCUUAAUCCAAAUAGUGUUAAAAGUGUGCCAAUAACCAAUCAACUUUUUAUAA